AUGAACAUGGAGGAUGAGCUGACGACAGCGGCGGCCACUGGGAACGCUACCGCCGUGCAAUACCUGCUCCAGAGCGGUGCGCAAGUGAACGGCGUGAACCGCUUCGGAAGGACCGCGCUCCAGGUGAUGAUGAUGGGCAGUGAUCCCGUGGCACAGCUGCUGCUGAGGCACGGAGCCGACCCAAACCUCCGGGACCCCAGCACAGGGGCCACGCCGCUGCACGAUGCUGCACGCACGGGCUUCGUGGACACCGUGCAGCUGCUGCUGGAGUUCAACGCAGACCCCAACAUCAGAGACAUGGACAAUUUACGGCCCACGGAUGUAGCGGCGCUGCAGGGCCACGCACAUGUCACCGCUCUCCUGGGCAACCUUUUAUAA